ACAUGUAAUUUUGGAGGAAUGGAAAAAAUCUUUUGGCCAAGUGCAAUAAUGGCUCUUAUUUGGGGUAUAUGGUUGGAUAGCAACAAUAAAGUCUUUAAUGGAAAUGCAUGUAGUUGGGUCGAUGUUUCUAAUCUUACUAAAUAUGUGCGCUCUUCUUGGUGUUCCAUUUCUAGUUCUUUUUAUAAUUACUCACCAUUUGUUAUCAAUUCAAACCGGAGAGAGUUUUUGUAAUUCUCCAUGGGAGGAAUAGGAGGAGUAUACUUUUGUUGAUCUUUUCAUGAUAUCAAUGAAAAGUGUCUCCUAUAUUGAAGAAUAUUUGCUUUCUCAUCUGGUUCUCUUAUUGAUGGAUAUCCCUUAUUUGGCUAAGCUCUAGAAGUUGAAAGUUUUUAAGAAGAGUAUGCACUUUACUUAGCUGGCAGUGUAUGGGAGGGUUAACACAGUUGUUUAUUUUGACAUCGUGUACAGCUGGUGCAUUUUUGUGCAAGAAUAUUCAUAGGAGGACUUGUUGGGGUUUUGUGCUUUUUAAUCUUAAUGUACGUGGCUUUUUGGGAUGCUUUCAAAGUAAAUUUGGCUCCUUGUUAGAGGAUCAGGGACGCUUUUAUUGAGCUAUUUCCUUAUUCACCAUUCUUGUGGAGGGGGAGGUCUUUUAGGAUAAAGUUGCUUUGUGGGAGCAGGUUUGGAGUGCCUGCACGCUAUAAUGCUUCCUUGUGGCAGCUAUAUCUCUUUGUGCACUUUCUUGAAAAAUGGAAAACCUUCCAAUUUCAAUCAGGAUGGGUUUUCCAAGCGCAUGGGACAGAGAAGAUUUUAAAGUGGUUUUUUGCCAUGUCGAUUAUUAGGCUAUACUGAAUGCAUGGAUGAUAACGUUGAAAUUUUGGUCCCUGAUGAUGAUGAUGGCCUGUAUGCGAUUGAUAUUUUAGAUCCAUCUUCGAUGGUAAAAUGCCUUCAUGUGGAUGAUGUAUAUCACUUUCAUGAUAUGAUUGAUAUGCUUGUUGGAUGUGGGUACAAGAAGGGAACCACAUUGUUUGGUUUUGGUUAUGACUUCCGGCAGAGUAAUCGAAUUGGCAAGGCUAUGGAUGGUCUUAAAGCGAAGUUGGAAACUGCCAGUAAAUCUUCUGGUGGUAGAAAAGUGAAUUUAAUAUCUCAUUCUAUGGGUGGGCUGCUAGUUUCGUGUUUCAUGUCACUCCAUAAUGAUACCUUUUCCAGAUAUGUAAAUAAGUGGAUCUCUAUAGGUUGCCCUUUCCAAGGUGCACCAGGAUGCAUCAAUGAUUGUCUGUUGACUGGAUUGCAAUUUGUUGAAGGCUUUGAAAGCCAAUUUUUUGUAUCUAGAUGGACAUUUCACCAGCUGGUGGUUGAAUGUCCUUCAAUUUAUGAGAUGCUGGCAAAUCUAGGAUUCAAUUGGCGUGCACAACCACAGAUCCAAGUUUGGCUAAAGAGUUCUAUAGAUGGGAAAACUUCUGUUGAUUUGAAGUCGUAUGGCCCAACUGACAGUAUUGCUUUAUUCGAAGAAGCAUUAAGAAAUAACGAGAUAAAAUUUCAUGGAAAAACCAUUCCUCUUCCCUUCAACUUUGAUAUUCUCAAAUGGGCUACUGGUACUCGCCAAGUAAUUGAUAGCGCAAGACUACCAGAUGGAAUCUCCUUCUAUAAUAUUUAUGGAACAUUAUUUGAUACACCUUUUGAUGUGUGCUAUGGCUCAGAGUCAUUGCCGAUUGAGGAUUUGUCUGAAAUAUGCCAAACUUUGCCUCAGUAUUCCUAUGUGGAUGGAGAUGGUACAGUUCCUAGUGAAUCAGCCAAGGCUGAUGGUUUUGAAGCAACUGAGAGAGUAGGAGUCGCAGCGAGUCAUCGAGGACUUUUGAAGGACGAGACAGUGUUUCAGUGUAUUCAGAAGUGGUUGGGAGUUGAGCAGAAGGUUUGUAAGCACCUAACAACUUCCAAAGUGGUAGAUGCUUCUCUGAAGUAGAAGUAACAAGUGAGUUUAAAAAGAAAGCACAAACAUUUUAUGGCUCAAGCAAAUCCAAGUACAGAAAUCUGUAUUUUAUCAUUCUUUAGUUGAUACAGGAAGGAAGAGGAACCCUUUCAGUUCCUUUUAGGUUCUGUAAUAUAAUAUAUUCUUUAGUUGAUAGUAAUUUAAAAUCUUGAAGGCU